AUGCGAGGCGCCGCGUAUCAUCCACUGGCUUUAAUAUGCCUAUCAUUAUCGACAUAUUUGCUUUCCAUUAGAUAUUAUACUAGCGCCUCAUUUGAGCGUCCUGUUCACUUCACCAUCGUCACGCUUCUCUUCAUUGCGUUUGCGCUGCUUGCGUCCGAGUACUACUGGAGUCGGCAGAGCAAUCUUCAAAGCCUGACGGUCAUUGCAAAUCACAAGACCUCAGCUGAUAUCAUACCUCCUACGAGUAAAACUGCAUUUCUGCCCCUGUUUUCGUUCAUUUGGGAGGCGAUAUGGCCUCGACUUCAUAAGAAACAGCCGUUGUGGUCGACGCCCUCGAAAUCACAAAUAAUCUUUACCUUCAUUGCCGCGGCAUGGCCAUUAUUCAUCAUCUCAGCAGAGGGAAGCUCCAACAUUCCCACUGGAACUGUGUGUCCCAUCGGAUGGCGUUGGGAGCGCUUUGUGCCGUCGAUCCAGCUCAUCAACUGCCUCCUUGACGCCGCCAUAAUAAGCCACACGGCCCAUCUGGCCCGCACCGCCGCAGACGAUGAUGUCGACAUCUCCAAGUUCAUGGGCAAACUCUGCCUUGCCGCAGCGGGAAUGAUUCUGCUGCUAUGCUUCCCCUCCUGGCUGUCUGACUCGGAGUUUUCCCUGGCGUUUCGCUUUCGGGCUGUCGACUGUCGAGACUUUGCCUUCGAUGGACUUCUUGCUACGGCUGGUGUGCUCUCUGCUUUGACGUUGCUGUCGUCUUUGGAUCCAUCUUGUCUCGCUCUUCUUCUCGUGACUGCCUCAUUUACGGGCUCACGGAUCCCUGUGCUCAAGGUGAUACCGCUGCUAUCGCCUGCAGCUUAUGUUGCUUUAGCGUUGCCUUUGUGGUAUCUUGCUGUUGGGAUUCACCAUACUAUGGACUCUACAACAUCACGGAGCCUCUUCAAUUGGCUCAUUGUAUGCAGCUCUGGAUUUGCGCUCCUAGCCUCGGUAGCGGUCCUCAACCUCAUCGUCUCUGGAUAUCCCGCUCUGAUCCCGAUCGAUAGAGCCCUCAAGUCCCUCAUGACAGGAGCAUCCACGUCCAACUCCCUAGCCGACGCCGUCAAAGAGUACACCAGACGAUACACAAUCCCGCCUCCGCCGAAUUUCGACAAGUGGUACGAAUUUGCGCGAGAGCACAACUCCGCCGUCAUCGACGACUUCGACCAGAUCAACGACGACUUGCUCCCCUUCUGGGCGGUGGACCCUGCGAGUCUCCGGGAGCAGACGGCGUCUCUCUUUGCCUACGCAAGUACGGAGAUGGGCGGCGUGCGCAUCCGCAAUGGAUCCGUGGAGCAGUCGCCGCACAUACCGGGAUCGCAUCGCUGGAUGGCGGAUUCUCUGCAGAGGAUGAUUGAGCCUUUUGCCCAGUGGCUACCGGACCUGGAUAUUGCCAUCAACUUGGCUGAUGAGUGCCGCAUGGUAGUGCCACAUGAGCGCAUGGAAGCAAAAGUGACGAGCAAUGAGGAACAGAAAACCUGGCCUGACAGCCACUUUCCACAGUCUCCAUGGCCCGAAGACUUUGCGGAGCCUCUCCCCCGGGGAACGAACGGCGGGAAAGACGAAAUCGAUCCCAGCUUCACAGACGACAUUCGGACGCCCAUCUUCUACGACUUUGUUGCUGCUGCCUGCCCACAAGACUCAGUCGUCCGUAACAGCCGCUGGUGGGAUUGGAGCACAACCUGCGUCAACUGUCUCAAGCCGCAUUCCGUGCCAACGACCGGCGGUGCGCUGCUGGCAAAUGUUUCUCUCGCUCACGAGCUGUGCCAUCAACCCGACGUCGCCUAUCUAUCGGGCUUCCUGAAUUCCCCGUCCGCCAUGGUGCGGACAAGUGAACUGUUACCCAUCUUCAGUCAAGCACGUGUCGGUGGCUUCUCAGAUAUCUUGAUCCCUUCGCCAUGGAACUUUGAUGAGAAAAGUGCUUUCAAGGAGGACAGUGGUGUAAAGUGGGAAGACAAGGAGAACGCCCUGUUCUGGCGAGGAUCGCGAUCAGACGGAUUCUCAGCCCAUGGACGGUGGCCGGGCUUCUUGCGGCCGCGGUUCGUGCAUGAAGCGUAUGAGGAGACUGUGGCUUUGCAACGUUCUGACGCUGAAAGUUUAAGAAUCAAUGUCUCCUUUACGGGAGAGAUAUCCAAGUGUGAUGGGAGAGAUUGUGCUGCUGAGUCGGAAACCUAUAAGAAAUGGGGCCUUGCCACCAUGGAGAAUGACUCAACAUCUCAAGAGGUGAACGAGCUUCCCCCCAGUGUCCCGUUUGAAGAGCACUGGCGAUACCGACAUUUAUUCGACAUGGACGGCGCAGGAUUCAGCGGCCGCUUUCUGCCCUUCUUGGAGAGUCGUAGCUUGCCUUAUCGCGCAGCCCUCUUUCGCACCUGGUACGACGAGAGGCUCCAGGGCUGGCACCAUUAUGUUCCCGUGGACGUCAGGCUCGGACCGGGAUUCUGGUCUGUUUUGGAGUUCUUCAUGAGAGGAGGUGCUGAUGACAAGGAUGGUGAUGAGGGACCGGCCAUGGCCAAGAAGAUUGCAGAGCAGGGGAGGGAGUGGGCGCAAAGGGCGCUGAGGAAAGAGGAUAUGCAGAUUUACAUGUUUCGGUUGCUGUUGGAGUGGGGGAGGAUUACACACGAUGAGAGAGAGCAUCUUGGGUUUACGAUAUGA